CAUGCAUCAGCGCCAUGCGUGGGGCGCUCUUUCCUCAGGGCCGGCCCCAUCUCGCGGUCAUCAGCCCUGAACGUUGUUUCGUACCCCUUUGGAACGAAGACUAACUGGAAUCUCGACCCAGGGAAGACGGAGCAUAAAAAUUGCUGUGUAUACUCGGAGCACAGAGCUGUACUAGCUGUAGCCGUCUCGAAGCUUCAGCGUCAACAGCCAGGAUACAGUAAACCUCGUGACUUAGCCUUUCCAGAUGUUUCCCCAAGUUUCGUCUAAUGACGGGCACCUAAUACAUUUGCUCUUCAUCGCGUCCGUAUUCGCUUUGGGUACUACGGUCCUCAACGCAUACCACAGUUUGCAUUUGCGUUCUCAUAUGCUUGCGUCGCGAAAUCAUAAGGAGUAUUCUUAUCUUGGAGAUGAUUUCCCUCCUCGAAUACCGAGCUACAUACAGCCUGCUGCGAUGGAAAUAUUAAACGGCAGCGAUAUCUAUCCUUUAGACGAUGACAAGAAGUGGGCCUCCGUUGUACCCCCAGGCCAUGGAUUUGUUCGUAUGGGUCAAACGGGUCGGCCUUUUUCCAUUUCUAUGGGCCAUCAACUUCACUGUCUCAACGGUAUUCGCUUUGCGUAUGUCGCCGCCCGUAACAACUAUUUCUCUGACCCGGGCGACAUCAUCACAUCUUUCAAUCAUGCCAAUCAUUGCUUUGAUCUCAUUCGACAAAGCAUUCUAUGCAACGCAGAUACUACGCUGGUUCCAGCAGGAGAGUCUGGCACACCAGGGACGCUCUACGGAAGCCUCCACCGAUGUCGUGAUUGGACUCAAGUACGUUCAUUCGCAGCCAACAACCAGAGACAUUGGAAGGGGGUGCCUCUUGAACCAGACUCGAAACUGUCUUCUGCAGAUGGCUGGUGAACGAGUUCGUAUUAACAUGCAGCGGUACCAGGUAAUGGCGCAAUAUACUUAGCAAAGCGGCAUUAUUUGGCUCGGACCUAGACCUUUCAACGAGGAAGAAACUAAUGAUUUGUUUUAUCAUGGAAUGAAUCUAGACUCUCUUGUACUGCUAGUAGUAAGGUUCGUAUUAUAAAUGAUAUCUCCGGACUGGAUACGCUCAAGGACUUAAUAAUAUCCUAACUGGUGUAUGAGAAGUCUUAUCAGGGCUGUUUUUCAUAUCCCACUAAGUCUAUACCCC